AUGACGAAACCUCAGCCCUCUUGGAACCUGGGUAUUCCAGGCCCUGAAACACCUGCCUCGCCCCGUACCCUCCGAACGCUGCGCAAGAUCCAAUCUCACCAAGUGCUGUCAAGCUCCAGCGCGCUGAUUGCUCAGACACAAGGCCACCAAAUUGGGUCCAAUGAUGAUAUUGGCUCGGCCGGGAUUCCUGGCUCCGCAACAAGAGCGCGUGCACAUCGACGAGCUCGAUCAAACAGCGAUGCAGCGGCGCGUGAAGCUGCCACAACACCACCUACAACACAGAGAAGGCCCGCGCGCAAAACAGGAUCAGGAAUUGGACUGAAGCGCUCAUUAUUGGAGAACUUCUUGCGCGAUGGCCCCCAGAGUGAUAAUCCUCGUGAAGGGCUACAAGAGCUCAAAUACCUCGUUCUAUCCAGCCGAGUGGAUGCUGAUGGAGAUGGCAUGUCGCCUUAUAGAAUCUAUCUCUGGUUGAUCCUUCUUGACGUUCCCGCCAUGCCCACUGAUGACUAUCUUGCACUUAUUCACCGUGGUCGAUCUCCUGCCUACGCCAAAAUUCGCAACGAUACUUUCCGCACUUUAGCGACAGAUCCCCUCUUCAAGCGGCGGGUCACUGAAGCAAGUCUCAUCCGUCUACUCAAUGCAGUGGCGUGGAAACUCCAUGAUGCCCGACCGAAACCCCGGUCUCGACCAACCUCGUCCCGACGUCGCGAGAUGGAACUUCUAGUGAACACGCCGCCUAGUAUCGCAGAGGAGCCAGCAUCGCAAUUCGGUGGAGAGUUGGAGAAGAAUAACGCCUCUACAACUGAUUCAGCAAUGUAUGUCCAGGGCAUGAAUGUCUUGUGUGCGCCCUUCCUGUAUGCUACCCGCAGCGAAGUCGAAGCAUUUGCUCUCUUCCAUUGCUUCGUCACACGGGAAUGUCCCGGUUAUAUCCGUGGGGCCAUGGACGGAGUCCAUAAGGGUCUUCGUCUGGUCGACAGAUGUCUUGAGAUUGUGGAGCCCAAGCUUGCAGCAUACCUUUUCUCUAAAGGCAUGCAUGCUGAGCUGUAUGCAUUUCCAUCGGUGUUGACUCUUUGUGCCUGUACACCACCAUUACCAGAGGUGUUGCACUUAUGGGACUUCCUGUUUGCAUAUGGCGCACAUCUAAACAUCCUAUGCAUCGUUGCUCAGUUAAUACGCAUGCGUGAUAUGAUUUUCGAAAGUCCCAGCCCUAACAAAAUCCUCCGAUCUUUCCCACCUCUUGACGCAAAGGAGAUCAUUGCAUUGACUGUUCUAAUUGUGCGUAAGAUCCCAGAAGAUCUUUAUGCAGAGAUGAUUGCCCAUGCAAAAUAG